AUGGAAGAGCUGCAAAAUAUAUUAAAUAAUAUAGAAGAAAUUCUAAAAACACUAUAUACACGAAAUAUACAAGUAAGUACAAAUUCUAUAGAGAUAGAUGUAGAAAGCUUUCGAAAGAGCUCAGAAUAUUUAUAUUUUGAGGAAAUAAUUUACUCUCUUUUUCCAUAUAAUUUAAGUAUAUAUAUACCAGAUAUAUUAGUGCCGGUUAAUUUAAAAUAUAGUCAAUCUAAUACUGAAAUGCUUGCUAGAAAUCUUUUAAAUACCGGAUCUAUGUUUUUUGCAGUGUAA